GCAUACGAUCACGCGCCAAAUUCGAACGCGCUAGUAUUCGUCUAUCGUUUGAACGCCAACAGGAAAAUUAGGGAAUAAUACGAAAAAAUAUAUUAGGUUUCUUAUCUGUGAAAUUACUACAAAACAGAAAUGACAGAAAUAAAUUCCUCCUCACUAUAUCUUCUCAACACAAAUCCAGUUAUUGACGAAUCCAUUAUUGAAUCAAACACCAAAGUAGACAGGAUACCGUUUUCUCCAAUCAACACCCGAAAUACUUGUGUUUUAGCAAGUAAACACAACUCUCCGAGAAUCAAGGCAUCGACUGACAAAGAGAACAUGAAAGCUAGAACAAGAUCUAGAAAGGAGACCUCUCCAAUAAAAGAGAAAAAAUCCUCUGCAAAAUCGGACAAAUCUGAACCUCUUCCAAAGUCGGAAAGAGUGAAAAAUGACUCUGAAUCUUCAGUGGACUCAAUAGGUGAAAGGCCUUCAACUCCGACGGAAAACCCCGAAACUUCGGCCCCUCUCACCCCCACUGCAAAUCUUAAAAUGCUUUUUAGUGCUGUAAGUCCAGAACUAAGGAACCGAGAAAAACAGUUGGAGGAAAGUGAAGGAAAAGACUGUGAUGAAAUGGGAGGGAAAUUUAAACCCCUAAAUCUGGAUGCUGAGCUGGCAGCUUCACAACUCGAGGACGAAAACGGAGACUGGAAGCCGGGGUCUCGAAAGGAAAAAUCCUUAGGCCUUCUCUGUCAAAAGUUUCUUCAGAAGUACCCAGUGAAUCCUCAAACGGAAGAAAGCCAAGAAAUUUCACUUGAUGAAGUUGCAAAGGAAUUAGCGGUAGAAAGGAGAAGAAUAUAUGACAUAGUGAAUGUUUUGGAAAGUGUGGAGAUAGUCAGCCGGAUAGCCAAGAAUAAGUACGCGUGGCACGGGAAAACGAACCUAGUCAAUACUCUAGCCAAACUAAAGGCAUUAGCGGAUGCAGAAGGAUUUGGAGAAUUAGUGCUAAAAGUGAAAGACUAUGAAUUGAACCGCGAACUAGCAGAGCAGAAUGGCAGUGUAUAUACAGCUCCCCCUCCAUUUAUAAUGGAUCCAGACAAUCCUAAUGCAGCUUUACUAAGGAAAGACAAAUCAUUGGGCAUUAUGAGUCAGAAGUUCCUUAUGCUCUUCUUGGUGUCAAAGCCGAGAGUGGUCAACUUGGACUUAGCAGCUAAAAUUCUUAUUGGAGAUCCAAAUAUUGACAGAACGGAAAAUGCCAAAUUCAAGACAAAGAUAAGGAGACUGUAUGACAUUGCUAACAUUUUAGCAACUUUAGACCUUAUCAGGAAAAUCCGCAUCACCGACAUCAGGGACAGAAAACCUACCUACCAGUAUAUAGGGCCAGAUCUGGAGCAAGUGCAUGAAUUAAAUGUAUGUUACCACGAUGGGUAUCAUCGGCCAACUUCUAGACAUUCCAUGCUUGACUGUGUCAAGAACCAGCAAAUGUCUGAAAUUCUAUCAACACAUGGACAUCGACCUAUUAAACCAAAUGAUUGCAAAGGACUAGGGGACGGGGCUCCUAGGAAGAACUCCAUGCCCAGACAUUCCUCUUUUGAGCAGAUCUGCCAGGUCGCGGAUUAUUUUUAAUUACAUUUUUUUUUGAAGGAACGAGACAAGUUGUACGCCUCAAUGUCACAGCCAUCAAGUCCAACCGAGAAACACAGCUUUGAUGAUUCAAGAAUGACCUCAAGUCAAGAGGAGCCAAACACCAUUCGCAAGAGUGUUGGUAAACGAAUCAUUGUCAAGCAAAAGGGUACAGAAUUCCAGAUUAUUCAUCCUACAAAAACAACAGUAUUGAAAACAGACGCAGCUACUUCUACCGUGCCAAAGCCCUCGGGGGGCGUCUCCAAAGAUACAAAGACUAUGGAGACCAUAGUCAUCAAAGCCAAACAGAGCUCUUCUCUGCCACUGACCCCAGAUCAGAUAAACGCAGUACUUAAAUCCUUGAAAGUGCCAGUACCUAUCAAGAAGGAAGGUGAAGCAAAGGAAAUACAGAGUCCGGUCAAGAGUGAGAAUGCGCCCGAGGCUGGGGCGUUUCAAGCCGUGAAGAGGGCCUACGUUCUGCAGAAUGGGGAACCCGAGGUGAAACGUUUCAGGUUGGAGUAUCCUUCACCCCCAACGGAUGAGGACGAGGCCAAGUCAAAAAAAACUUCCACUGAUAUCAAAGGGAAAACACCCCCUCAGAGAGCUUUGACCUCAGAAUUCAUGGAUGCAAAAGGAUCCCAAAGCUCGUCAGACGUAGAGCCGUCUCAGUCGACCGAUUCAUGUGACUCGGAACCAUCAGGGAGUAGUAAAAACAAUCAGGGACAAAUUCACAGAAUCGCGGUACAGUUGCCAAAUCAGCCUCCUACCAUAUUGCAGUUACCUUUCAUUCAGCGCCAACCAGCCACCUCCAUAUCCCACAUGCAGAUCAUUCAGGGUGUUCCGAUGAGUGCCACCGAUGGUACAGGACAAGCGGUAAACUUCAUGGUGCCUGUAACUUUUAGUCCUCCCCUUACCCCUAACAGUAGCUCCUCCCCUAGUCCAACUGUGUUCACUUUUGCAGGUCAACCCACUUUUGUGAACCAGCAUCACUUAAUUGGUCAACCACCCGUGAAAUUGUCACCGAUUUCUGUUUCCAUGGCCAGUGUCUCCCAGAAUAGUGCUGUUCAGUCCUCCCCCGGCAUUCCCCCCCAGCAGAUGAUCACCCCCACGGAGCGCCCCACCCCCACGGCUAAGUUCUUCCGGAACACCCCUGGGGGCCUGAUUCCACUGUCAACCAUUUCAGCUGCAGCCAGCAACUUUGCAGCCAAAGAGGGCCUGGCAACAGCAAGGAAGCUUGACCUCCCUGACCUCAGUGCUAAUGACAUCUGCUGAGUCGAUCUCAUAUUUUAUUGACUUGUAGGAUAUUCAUAUUUAAGUUUAAAAAAAGUAUAAAUGUAUUUUAUUGAGGGAUGAUUGCAUGUUGUUUUUUUUUUGUCUGAGGAAUGUGUCCCGUGCUGUCCUUUUAACUUGUAGUUAACUUGACGGAAAAAAAGUAUGUUUUAACUUAUGGCUUGUGUCUAAUUUUAUGUGGUGCACUAAGAUGUAAAAAAUUUAGACCAAAGUAUUUAUUCUCUGCACAAGAAUUGUGUAUCUGCAUGAAAUAAAAUAUUUUUUUGUAGUAUUUGUUAUGUGAAGCCUCUUAUUUUGAAAACAAGCCUAGCUAUAUAUAUAUUGUUUGUUUGCUUAGUAUGGAACUAAUGAUACACUGUAUUUCUGGGAAAAUCUAUAUCGGAAAAAUCCACAGAAGGCAAAUGUUAAUUUCUAGCUUGCAUUUUAUAAGGAUGAUAGAGGAGGUGUUAAGUGUACAAUAAAAUAAAAUGUGCUUUUUCUUGUACAAAGUUAAAGUGUACAAAUGUUUGGUCUGAAAAAGUAUUGUAAAAUCUGUAAUUGGAAACAUAUACUAUAAAUUGUUGGAAGAGAAAUGCAUGUGUAAAAAUGUUAAAGGUUUGAAGUGUAAUGUGUAGAAAUAGGUGAAUGUUAAUAGAUGGAUGUAGACAAAAAUGAAAUUCAUCAUUUGUAAGAUGUUUCUGGGUCCAUGCUAAAUGUAAAAAAGUUUGACUUGCAGUGUGUCAAUAUAGAAUGGUAAUGGGAAAAUGUAUACCCAUGUAGAAUGUAAUUGUGAAAAAAAAAUGUUGAAUAAAGUUAAGUUGGGGUACAUGAUUUUUUUCUUGUCUGAAUUUGGGUCUACGAUAUGCAUGUUGUUUGACUAGUGUACUUGGAAGAGGGCUGUCUGGAAUUUUUGUAGAACUUUCUGAAUGCAUUAGAGUUGAGACAAAGAAGAUAAUUUUGUGGCAAACUGUGAUACAUCUUUAUUGUUUAGUUUGUCAUCUUUGUUUAUCAGUAAAAUGUGGUUGUAAUCAUUUUGAUAAUUUCUGUAGAUUCCAAUUUGUUAAGUUUUUUUUUGAAAGAUUUUUUUAGGCAGCAUUCAUAGUACCCAGUACCCGCAUGUAAUGCAUAUAUGUUUUGUUUAUUUUUUAUUUAUUUUUUUUCCUAAUAAUAAUAGUUUUAUUUUUGCAUGGGCAGUACUAUAAUAUAUUUUUUAAAUGUAUAAUAUUUGAGCUAGCUCAAUAUGUUUAUUUUAUUAAUCAAUGAGUUGAGAGGAAGAUCACAUGAACACUGUGUAGGAGUUAUCUUCCCUUCAUCUAAAGCCACGCACAGUCAUUUCAUUCCUGGAUUAUAGUGUUUUAAUUAGCAAACAAAUCAGCUCACUUUAUUCAUGAUACUCUUUUGUUUUUUGUUAGACAACAAGUAUUGUUAAGUUGUUUCUUUUAUUAUUCUAUGUUUUAACCCUGCAUCGUGCACAAUUUCUUCCAAUAUAAUUGAUUAAAUUGCUGCAUGAAAGUCAAAUUGUACAUAGAUAAUUGUAUAUAAAGGAAUAAUAAACUAUUUAAUGAUGC